CGCCGGCGCCCUGCGGAAGCAACGUUAGUGAAUAGGGGCCUUGGGGAGCCCAGGAUGGAGGUGGCGGUCGCAGUGGCCGCGGCGGGCCGAGCCCUGCGGCGGGCCGGAGAUACCUAACAAAGGUGGCACAUGUCACACAUGGCCAGGAAGACCGGGAUCUCACUGCUGGAGAGCCCCUUAGGCAACAGAACCUCACCACAAGCAGACCGACUGACCUUCCUUUUCUGGAACAAGCUUCCUCCAUAGAAUGAAGAUACCAUACUCCUGGCCUGCCCAAAGCACGCUCACCAGCGCCAGUGCGAGCUCCUGCAUGGUUCCUGCCACAGGGAGGUGAGCGCCUGGCCCGCUGAGCCUCCCAGAGCCGCCAGCCAUGCCCGGGAUCGUGGUGUUCCGGCGGCGCUGGUCUGUGGGCAGCGAUGACCUCGUCCUGCCAGCUAUCUUCCUCUUCCUCCUGCACACCACCUGGUUUGUAAUCCUGUCUGUGGUGCUCUUCGGCUUGGUCUAUAACCCACACGAGGCCUGCUCCCUGAACCUAGUGGACCACGGCCGAGGCUACCUGGGCAUCCUUCUGAGCUGUAUGAUAGCUGAGAUGGCUAUCAUCUGGCUGAGCAUGCGUGGGGGCAUCCUCUACACAGAACCCCGGGACUCCAUGCAGUACGUGCUCUACGUGCGCCUGGCCAUCUUGGUGAUCGAGUUCAUCUACGCUAUCGUGGGCAUCGUCUGGCUCACACAGUACUACACCUCCUGCAAUGACCUCACUGCUAAGAAUGUCACCCUCGGAAUGGUAGUCUGCAACUGGGUGGUCAUCCUUAGCGUCUGCAUCACUGUCCUCUGCGUCUUUGACCCCACGGGCCGCACCUUCGUCAAGCUGAGAGCCACCAAGAGGAGGCAGCGCAAUCUGCGGACUUACAACCUGCGGCACCGGCUAGAGGAGGGUCAGGCCACCAGCUGGUCCCGCCGUCUAAAAGUGUUCCUCUGUUGCACCCGGACAAAGGAUUCCCAGUCAGAUGCCUACUCAGAAAUUGCCUACCUCUUUGCUGAAUUUUUCCGUGACCUCGACAUCGUGCCCUCCGACAUCAUUGCUGGCCUGGUGCUGCUUAGGCAGCGGCAGCGAGCCAAACGCAAUGCGGUGCUGGACGAGGCAAACAAUGACAUCUUGGCUUUCCUGUCUGGGAUGCCAGUGACCAGAAACACCAAGUACCUCGACCUCAAGAACUCGCACGAGAUGCUACGCUACAAAGAAGUCUGCUACUACAUGCUCUUUGCCCUAGCUGCCUAUGGCUGGCCCAUGUACCUGAUGAGGAAGCCCACCUGUGGUCUCUGCCAGCUGGCUCGGUCCUGCUCGUGCUGUCUCUGCCCUGCACGACCUCGAUUUGCCCCUGGGGUCACCAUUGAGGAAGACAACUGUUGUGGCUGCAAUGCAAUCGCCAUCCGCCGUCACUUCCUGGAUGAGAACAUGACUGCUGUAGACAUUGUCUACACCUCCUGUCAUGAUGCGGUCUAUGAAACUCCCUUCUACGUAGCUGUGGACCAUGACAAGAAGAAAGUGGUGAUCAGUAUCCGGGGAACACUGUCCCCCAAGGAUGCACUGACUGACCUGACAGGUGAUGCUGAGCGCCUCCCUGUGGAGGGACACAGAGGCACCUGGUUGGGCCACAAGGGCAUGGUACUCUCAGCUGAGUACAUCAAGAAGAAGCUGGAGCAGGAGAUGGUCCUGUCCCAGGCCUUUGGGCGAGACCUGGGCCGUGGAACCAAACACUAUGGCCUAAUUGUGGUAGGCCACUCCUUGGGAGCAGGCACAGCCGCCAUCCUCUCCUUCCUCCUGCGCCCCCAGUACCCGACCCUCAAGUGCUUCGCCUACUCCCCACCAGGAGGCCUGCUAAGUGAGGAUGCUAUGGAGUACUCCAAAGAGUUUGUGACUGCUGUGGUUCUGGGCAAAGACCUUGUCCCCAGGAUUGGCCUUUCCCAGCUGGAAGGUUUCCGUCGGCAGCUUCUGGAUGUCCUGCAACGGAGCACCAAGCCCAAAUGGCGGAUCAUCGUGGGGGCCACCAAGUGUAUCCCCAAGUCGGAACUGCCCGAGGAUCAGGUGGAGGUGACCACUCUGGCCAGCACACGUCUCUGGACACACCCCAGCGAUUUGACCAUCGCCCUUUCGGCUAGUACCCCGCUCUACCCACCUGGCCGCAUCAUCCACGUGGUUCACAACCACCCUGCCGAGCAGUGCUGCUGCUGUGAGCAGGAGGAGCCCACAUACUUUGCCAUCUGGGGCGACAAUAAAGCCUUUAACGAGGUGAUCAUCUCACCAGCCAUGCUGCAUGAGCACCUGCCCUAUGUGGUCAUGGAGGGGCUCAAUAAGGUGCUGGAGAAUUACAACAAAGGAAAGACAGCACUGCUGUCUGCUGCAAAGGUCAUGGUGAGCCCCACCGAGGUAGACCUCACUCCUGAGCUCAUCUUCCAGCAACAGCCGCUGCCCACAGGCCCACCUCUGCCCACCGGCCUAGCCCUGGAGCUGCCUGCCACAGAGCAUCGUAACAGCAGUGUCAGGAGCAAGUCUCAGUCUGAGAUGAGUCUGGAGGGCUUCUCUGAGGGGCGGCUGCUGUCCCCAGUGGCUGCUGCAUCAGCAGCCCGACAAGACCCUGUAGAGCUUCUGCUGCUGUCCACCCAGGAGCGACUGGCAGCAGAGCUGCAGUCCCGGCGGGCACCACUGGCCACCAUGGAGAGCCUCUCAGACACAGAGUCACUGUACAGCUUCGAUUCACGCCGCUCCUCAGGCUUCCGAAGCAUCAGAGGCUCGCCCAGCCUCCAUGCAGUACUGGAGCGUGAUGAGGGCCACCUGUUUUACAUCGACCCGGCCAUUCCCGAGGAGAACCCAUCCCUCAGCUCACGUACAGAGCUGUUGGCAGCCGACAGUCUGUCCAAGCACUCCCAGGACACCCAACCCCUGGAGGCGGCUCUAGGCAGCGGGGGUGUGACUCCUGAGCGACCACCAAGUGCAACCAUUGAAGAGGAGGAGGCCACGGGUGGCAGUGAGGGUGGUGGGGUGGCCCCCCGGGGAGAGCUGGCACUGCACAAUGGGCGCCUGGGGGAUUCACCCAGCCCUCAGGUGCUAGAAUUCGCAGAGUUCAUUGACAGCCUCUUCAACCUGGACAGCAAGAGCAGCUCCUUCCAGGACCUCUACUGCAUGAUGGUGCCCGAGAGCCCCACUAGUGACUACACCGAGGGCCCCAAGUCCCCCAGCCAACAGGAAAUCUUGCUUCGGGCUCAAUUUGAGCCCAACCUGGUACCCAAGCCUCCCAGGCUCUUUGCAGGGUCUGCUGAACCCUCCUCUGGCAUCUCGCUCUCCCCCUCCUUCCCACUCAGCUCCUCAGGGGAGCUCAUGGACCUGACACCCACGGGCCUCAGCAGCCAGGAGUGUCUGGCCACAGACAAGAUCCGGACUUCCACCCCCACAGGCCACGGGGCCAGCCCCACCAAGCAGGAUGAUCUGGUCAUCUCGGCACGCUAGCACUUGGCAGUGGCCGCCAGCUCCUUCCCAGCCAGAACUCAAGGCCCAGCGGGUACCUAACAGCCACUCGGGGCCCGGUAGCUUUGGGGAGAGGUUCCCAGAGGCCAAACGGUCUCAGGCCCUGGAGCAUUGCUGCUGAGCAGGGGGUCCGCAUCCCUACCUCAGCCUAGGACCCCCAGAACCAAGAUGUCUGGGAAAAGCAGUGGUGGCUUUGGUAACAGGGAGGAGAUGUCAGGUUGGAUGGUCCUCAGCCCUCAGCCUGACUCCUCUGUAUGGGCGGCAUGACAUCUCUGUUCUGGGUAUGGCACUAGGCAAGCUAGCUUCCUGUCACUGCCCUCUAGCUACUCUCCCAGAGCCGCAGCAGAAAGCAGCCCCACCCCCAUCCUCACUCCCACAUAUUCUCACACAUAGUUCAAGUUGGCCACUCUCCCCCAGAUCUGGUGCCUGCUGGCCAGCCCCCUGGGGUGACCCCCACCAAGGUGGCCCGCAGUGCUGUAUGUGUUUACAGAAUCUGCUGGGCUUGACUCAGGUUGUGUCCUGGGUUCCUAAGCCCCAACUCCCAGUCAUGUGUUUAGUUGUCCUCCCCUCUGAGUGGGACCUGAGGACCAGAGGGGCCCCGAAGGGAGGUGGGGUCAAGGAUGCCCCUUCUUUGCCUGGUGCCCCUUAUCUUCAUUGGUCCUGGCCACUGGGCCUGCCUACCUACCUGCCACUCCCUGGCUCACCUUCUAUCCCAGGACUCUGGCCAUUCGAAGGGUGGUGGACACUCCUGUGACCUCACCCCUGGCUGCAGAGUCAGGGCCCUGGGAAGAAAGAAGGCAUCCAAAGCCCUGUCUCCGUGGUCCCCUGCCUGACCCCUUCUGUCACCCACCAUGCCUAGGCAGCUCUGGGCCCUGGGGUCUGAAACCAAACAUGCCUCUGCCCUCCUGCUCGCCUGGCUGCCUAGCUCCUUUCUGGGUCUGGGCUCCAACUCCCACUGUGUCCAACCCAUAAGACAAGACAAGGGGCCAAAAAUAGAGUAUUCUGGGACCUGACUGGAAACCCCUGCCCAUUGCCAAGGGGAGGGGCUGGGGACUCAGGGGCUGCCCCAGGUUAGCCUGGGGCCUUCAUAGGUUUUCCUAUGCUUUGGAGAAGCAAUUCAGGAGGUAGGAACCCAGCCCUUUCCCCAGGCUAGGGGGAGGGAGAGGUUGUGCAUGGUAGUGUCAGGUGUGUGUGCACAUGUGCAUGAAUGUGCACCACUCCUGAGGAAAGGGGCUGCAGAGGGCUGCCCGCCUUCUGCACAUUGCCUGCCUCCUGCUCCUCCUAACCUGCCAAGAAUAUAGCCUGUGAAGUGAAGCCUUGGGACAAGCCAGCCACUGGGGUGUGCAGGCAAGCAGCUGCCCACCCUUGUGCCCUUGUCUCCUUGGAAGCAUGGUCCCUUCCACUCUAGCCCCACUCCCAGCCUCUCCGGGCUGCCUGGGUUCCCCUGACCCCAUGAUCCCUGGUAUCUGGGCCUGAGUCUAACCCCACAGCUGAGGUGGCCUCGAUAGAUAGCUAUCCGCCCUAACAGGUGAGGACAGAGACCUGGGAGCUGGGCCUCCCCCUUACUCUGUGACUCCCCCACCCCACAACAGACUUCUGGUCACCCUGCCCCCUGCCGAGGCAGUGCCUCAGCCUAGCACAGAAGAUAAAAAUCACUGGUUCUUAGAACUCAAAUAUCAGACAAAAAUCUUCAAUCAAAGAAGUAACCCAGCAAGUGCCCCAGCAGGCACAAGGAGAGUCAUGGGUCUGGCCUUUUAACUCUCUUCCUGUCAGGGUAGGUCUGGGGGAUCCUUCUAGGGUGUGCCCCUACGCCCAGGACUGAGCCAUCAGGGACAUACCCCCCACCCCCAAGGCUGCAGCCAUACUGUGUUACAGUCUUGGGGCUGGGGUAGGCUUGGACUCAGCCCUAGACACGAAGGGCCGGCCCACCCCUCCCGCCCCCUCCCUGCCUGGCCCUAGAAGGGUGGGCAUGACGCACGUUCCCUUCACUCCAUGCCACAUCGGGGGUCUGAGCCACCCCCUUCAUUCCAGUUCAGAUUGACCCCCUACACUGUCCCCAGACCCGCAGCACAAGCUCUCCCAGCCGCGCGCUGGCCUGUCCUCCCAGGGAUCUGGGUGACUUCCAUAUGCAACUAGUAGCGAACAGCCAGGCUCCCAUAAACCCUCUGCACUCCAUGUGCCAUUCUCCCAUGACCUUUUUGUACCUAAUGUAUGAAAGAUCCACACUAAUAUCGCUGUAAAAAGAAGAGACAAAUUAAUAUAGCUUAUUCUAUGAAUAUAUCUGUAUAUAAAGUUUUCUGUAUAUUGUAUAGAGCUGUGUAUAAACGGAAUGUAGAAGCACAC